CUUGAAGCUGCCAUUACCCCACCUCCCCUCGUAGCAGCAGCAGCACCAACCGUCCUCUCAUCCUCCCACUCCACCUCCUCCUCUUCCUCCCCCUCCCUGCCUUCGCUAUGCACCCCCCUACUCUCCCGGCCCUUCUCCCCCCUGCCUUUCUCCUCCUCCCCGCCCGUCCCCUCCUCCACCAGAUGCCCGUUCCCCUUGGCCCUCUCCGUCUCCCGCUCGUGCAUGAGCACCAGGUUCCACUGCAGGUCGCGCGUCAUGCGCACGCCCAUGCCCCGCACGCGGCUCACCCGCACCCUGCCCUGCUCAUCGCGAUACGUCGCGACACUCCCACCCACUGCUGCUCCUCCUGCUGCCUCCCGUUGUGUGGCCUGUGCUGACUCAGCAUCAUCGGCUGCAGCAGCGCCACUAACAACGCCAUCCAAACCACUGCUGCCAUGAGGAUGGGCAGCCCGAGCAUCAGCAGCACCCACUGUGGCAGCAGCAUCGCUGUCAGUGGCUGCCUGCACUGCCUCAUCUGCCACCAUCGCCAGAUACGCCUCCUUCCCUGCAUCCUCCCCCUCGUCCGCCUCCUCCCUCUGCACCCCACCUCUCCUCCCGUUCACACUGUUCCCCAUGAGCCCCUCCAGCCCCAACUCACCAUCCCCACCCCCCGCAUCCCCUCCAGCUCCCCCAUCCCGUGCACCGGCCACAGCGCCCUUUGCCUCUCCAGCGCCCCCCAUCACCUGCCCCCCCGCCCUCGCCCUCCCUCCCCCCCAGCCAUCCCUCUCACUAACUCCCCCCCCCUCCUCCUCCUCCUCCACCCGUGCCUUCAUCUUCCCGCUCUCACCAUCCGGCCGGGUCUCCCCCCAAGCUUGUCCUCCCCCCCACCCAUGCUCCCAGGCGCCCUUCCCCCUGCCCCUCCCGCGCGGCCCCCUCCCCCGCCUGCUCUGUGCGGGUGCAGCUGACAGUGGUGGCAGGCGCACACCCAAUGGCGCAGCACUGAGGCGAGGGGGGAACCAGAAGAAGACGGUGGACGGGAAGAGGGGGGGGGAGGGGUAAAAGGACGAUUGAGAAAGAAGUAUCAGGGGACAGAGGGAGGAAAGAACAAAAACUCCCUUUCAUCCGCUCAGGAAGGCGGUGGUUGCCUGCCUGCCCCUACUAUGCCUCCAACGAACCCAGAACAUCCUCCUCUUUCGUCCCAAGCUCACAUCCCCCCACUCACCCACCUGCGGUCCUGAGGCACAGACGACGUGAACACGAACUCCCUGCCCGCCUCCGAUGCUAUCCGCCCUCCCCCCACGCCCACGCCACCACCCCUGCCCGCCCCUGCUCCCUCCACCCCUGCCGCUCCUCCUGCUGGGCGCGGCACCCCCAUGUGUGGCUCUUCCCCUCCUGAAGCUGCACGAGCAGGCAGGGCGGCAGCAGCGGAGGAGGAUCCAGGGAUAGGAGAGGGAAGGCUGGAAGCAGCGCCAGCAGACGUGCCAGCAGCAGCAGUGGCCGAGGCAGCGACGAAGGCGGUGGCAGCAGCGGAGCGCGCGGAGUCGAUCUGGCGGCGCAUGGCAGCGCCUGCUCGAACUUGUGGCGAUUCUCAGCCACCAGCUGCUCGCGCAUCUGCACACGUGCAGUAGGGCGGACGGACGAGGGACGAGGGACAGGUCGGGAUACAGCGUGGCAUGCAGCACGUGGAGAGCAGGGAGUGGAAACUGAGGCCAGCACUGCACGAG